CUAUAUCGUUGCAAAGAAAAAAGAAACCUGAAGAAUAAACUAAACCUAUACUCUCCAGAUGAUAAUACAUUUUUUGUUAUGGUAUUUUGUGAGUUUAUUAACAUUACAUCGUAAGUUGAUCAAAUUUUCAUGGGAAAGGAUCAAUUUAUCUAUAUAUAUUUAUAGAGAAGAUUAAGUUUUAGUUUAUUUCAAAUCAAUAUUGUAUAUAUUGGGAGAGCAAAGUCAAUAGAUGGAAGAGCAGAAUUUUUUUUUAUUGAUGAACAGUCAACGAAUAUCGUGAAUAUUGAAGUUGCUUUCUUUUUUUCAAAUUAUAGUGAUUAUAGUUUCGAUUGGAUGCUUAUCGAAAAAUGAGAUAGUCAUCAGUUAGAUUCGAUCGAAAAAAAUAAUUUGUUUCAACAAUCUAUUUAAAUCAUUCAAAUUUUCAAAAUCCGAUUUAUAAAAAAAUAAUCAUCAUGCGAGUUUUAAUAUUUCGAUAGAUAUUGGAAAAAUGUUUUCGCAGAGUCUUUUGAUUUACUAUGAAGAAUAAUCAUUUAUGUAGAACUUCUUAAAUUUUUUUGCAUUAUAUUAAAGAAUCGAAUGGUAUACAAUGGCCAAAACCGAUUGUUUCUUCAUCAAAAGCUAUUUCUGAUUUAAUAUCACGAGUACUUGAUGAUGCUCCAGCUGCUAAUCUUUUUCAAGUUUCAAUCAAAGCCAAUUUAGCUAUCAAUGGCAAAGAUGUUUUUGAAUUAUCUAAUGGAUCAACAUCAGGUUCAAUAUUAAUUUCAGCAUCAACAGGUGUUGCUGCUGCUUGGGCUUUUAAUUAUUAUUUGAAAUAUAUAGUAAAUAGUUCAGUUUAUUGGUCUGGAAAAAAUAUUCGAAUAUCUAAUUCAACAUUAUUUCCAAUAGCGAAACCAAUUCGAAUUAUUGCUAAUGAUUUAUAUCGUUGGUAUGGAAAUCCAUGUACAUUUAGUUAUUCAGCUGCUUUUUGGAAUUUUUCAAGAUGGGAAAAAGAAAUCGAUUGGAUGGCUAUGAAUGGUAUUAAUUUAGUUUAUGCAACAACUGGAAUAGAAUAUAUUUACAAUAAAGUAUUUUUGCAAAUGGGUUUUCCUCAAUCUGAACUUGAUGAUUAUUUUACUGGUCCUGCUUUUUUAGCUUGGUCUCGUAUGGGUAAUCUUCAAAAACAUGGUGGUCCUUUGUCAAACAAUUGGCAUCAAUCACAAUUUCAACUUGCGAAACAGAUUAUUCAACGAAUGACAGAUAUUGGAAUUAUACCAGUACUACCUGCUUUUACUGGUUUUAUGCCUCGAACAGCACCAUUGUAA